UGGAAACUGUACAUAAAUAAAUAACAUCACUCUCUUUCUCUCUCACACAUACACACUGACACACACUCUCUAUAUAGUAUCUGGUCCGUCGAUCCAGCUACGCUUUUCACAGUUCUCUCUCCCCGCUGUCUCCGUCACUACCCAACUACUACCACCACCGUCUCUCGGCUCCGGUCACAUAGACUCCUUAUAUUAAUCGACAGGCGUCGUGGAUCUGAUUAGAUCCGUGGCUCUCAAUCAAGCCCCUGUGCAAUGGAGGAGGCUCUCGAAAUGGCACGCGCCAAGGACACGAAAGAGAGAAUGGCUGGAGUAGAGAGGCUUCAUGAACUUCUAGAAGCUUCGAGGAAGAGUUUAUCGUCUUCGGAAGUUACUUCUCUUGUCGAUUGUUGCUUAGAUCUCUUGAAAGAUAACAAUUUUAGGGUUUCGCAAGGGGGCUUACAGGCUCUUGAUUCUGCUGCGGUUCUUUCCGGUGAACACUUGAAACUUCAUUUCAAUGCCCUAGUUCCUGCUACUGUUGAGCGUCUCGGCGAUGCUAAGCAGCCCGUUCGCGAUGCGGCUCGACGCCUCUUGCUCACUCUCAUGCAGGUUUCAUCUCCAACUCUUAUUGUGGAAAGAGCUGGAUCUAAUGCCUGGACUCACAAAAGCUGGAGAGUUAGAGAAGAGUUUGCAAGAACUGUGACAUCUGCCAUUGGUCUAUUUGCAUCUACAGAGCUACCCCUGCAACGUGCUAUUCUUCCUCCUAUAUUACAGAUGUUAUACGACCCUAAUCCAGGUGUGAGAGAAGCCGCUAUUUUAUGCAUCGAGGAGAUGUAUGCUCAAAUUGGGCCUCAAUUCCGUGAAGAACUCCAUCGCCAUCAGCUUCCAUCAUCAAUGGUAAAAGAUAUCAAUGCCAGAUUAGAAAGAAUUGAACCAAAACGUCCUUCAGAAAUACGAGUCAAUACUUAUCCUCCUACUGGUGCCAAGUCUUCUAACCAUAAUCCCAAAAGAAGCAGCCCAAAAGCCAAGGCUUCCUCUCGUGAAGUUUCCCUUUUUGGAGGGGAUAGUGAUGUCACUGAAAAGCCUGUAGACCCAAUAAAAGUGUAUUCAGAGAAGGAGCUGAUCCGUGAGUUUGAGAAGGCUGCUUCAAUCCUUGUUCCUGAGAAAGAUUGGUCUGUUCGUAUUGGAGCCAUGCAAAGACUUGAAGGCCUUGUCAUUGGAGGUGCAAUUGAUUAUCCAUGUUUCCGUGGCCUUCUAAAGCAACUUGUUGGUCCUCUAAGCACACAGUUAGCUGAUCGAAGGUCCAGCAUAGUUAAGCAGGCUUGCCACUUACUGAACUUUCUAUCUAAAGAGCUUUUGGGAGAUUUUGAGUCAUGUGCAGAGAUGUUCAUUCCUGUCCUUUUCAAACUUGUGGUGAUCACUGUUCUUGUAAUUGCAGAGUCAGCAGACAACUGCAUAAAAACGAUGUUGCGUAACUGCAAAGUUGCCCGGAUACUUCCUCGUGUUGCUGACACUGCAAAACAUGACCGCAGUGCGAUACUUCGUGCCAGAUGCUGUGAGUAUGCUUUAUUGAUACUGGAGUAUUGGGCUGAUGCUCCUGAGAUACAACGUUCAGCUGAUCUGUAUGAAGACCUUAUUAAAUGCUGUGUGGGAGAUGCAAUGAGCGAGGUGCGGGCAACUGCUAGAGCAUGCUACAGAAUGUUCUCCAAGACAUGGCCUGAUCGUUCGCGUCGAUUGUUUUCAUUGUUUGAUCCUGUUAUUCAAAGGAUAAUAAAUGACGAGGACGGGGGUAUGCACAGGCGACAUGCAUCACCUGUAGUUCGUGAGAGGACCCCACAAACAUCAUCACAUAAUAACAGUACUUCAACUCUAUCAGGAUAUGGAACUUCAGCAAUCGUUGCAAUGGACAGAAACGCAAGCUUACCUUCUGCACCCUCACCUUCUCUCUCAUCCUCCCUUUUUUCAUCACAACCAAAAUCCAUGAGCAAGGCCCCUGAACGCAGCCUAGAAAGCGUCUUACAUGCCAGCAAACAGAAGGUCACUGCCAUUGAAAGCAUGCUUCGAGGCUUAGAUUCCGGAAGAGUUCGAUCAUCAAGUCUCGAUCUUGGAGUGGACCCACCUUCAUCUCGUGACCCACCAUACCCUCUUGCAGCCCCUGCUUCCAAUAGCCUCGCAACCUCUUUAUCUUUAGAUUCUACUUCCGGUAUCUCAAAAGGCAACAACCGAAACGGUGGCUUGGGUUUAUCAGACAUCAUCACUCAAAUCCAAGCUUCACGCGAUUCUUCCAAGCACCCGUAUCGCAGUGGUAAUAACACCACAAACACACAUGAAAACUUUUCAUCACUUUCAUCCUACACAACAAGACGAGGCUCUGAAAGAAGCUCUUUCGAAGACAACAAUGAUAUCAGAGAAGCCAGACGAUCAGUCAACUCGCAUCAUACAGACACUAGACACUAUUCAGAAUACUCACAUAAUACUAGUCACGUCCCCAAUUUUCAAAGACCACUUUCAAGAAAGAAUAUUCCCGGGAGAAUGGCAUCAAACAGACGAAGGAGUUUCGAUGAGAGCCAAUUCUCACCCGGAGAGAUGUCAAGCUAUACAGACGGGCCAUCUUCUCUUAAUGACGCGUUAAGCUCCGGUCUCAAUUCCAGCUCAGACUGGAACGCCAGGGUGGCGGCUUUCAACUAUUUACACUCGCUACUCCAACAAGGACCAAAAGGUGUUCAAGAAGUCACACAAAGUUUUGAGAAAGUCAUGAAGCUAUUCUUCCAACACUUAGACGACCCUCACCAUAAAGUCGCACAAGCCGCGUUAACAACACUCGCUGACAUCAUCCCUGCUUGUCGAAAGCCUUUCGAAAGUUACAUGGAGAGAAUAUUACCACACGUGUUUUCCCGGCUAAUCGAUCCAAAGGAGUUAGUUAGACAACCAUGUUCAACAACUUUAGAAAUUGUCGGGAAAAGUUACGGUGUGGAUUCACUUUUACCCGCGUUACUCAGGUCAUUAGACGAACAACGAUCCCCGAAAGCGAAACUUGCUGUGAUUGAAUUUGCUAUUAUUGCGUUUAACAAACAUGCGGGAAACUCAGAAGGUGCUGGGAAUAGCGGGAUUUUGAAACUAUGGCUUGCUAAAUUAGCUCCAUUGGUUUAUGACAAAAAUACAAAACUCAAAGAAGCGGCUACAACGUGUAUUAUAUCGGUUUACUCUCAUUUCGAUUCGACUUCUGUUUUGAAUUAUAUCCUUAGUUUAUCGGUUGAAGAACAGAAUUCUUUGAGACGUGCAUUGAAGCAACAUACGCCUCGGAUUGAAGUGGAUUUGAUGAAUUAUUUACAACAGAAGAAAGACAGAUCACAACGCGCGAAAUCUUAUGAUCCGUAUGAUGCUGUUGGGACCUCUUCUGAAGAAGGAUAUGUUCAGGUGACUAGUACUAAAAAGACUCCAUUGUUUGCAAGGUAUUCUGGUAGUUCUAUUGAUAGUAGUGAUGGUGGUAAGAAAUGGGGAUCGGGUUCUGGUCUAGAAGCAUCUACACAGAUUGUAAGACAUGAUGGAAGUGAUGAUAAUCUGUAUCAAAGUCUUGAUUCCAAUAAUGGCAAUGCACUUUCUUCUAAGGAUGCAAAGUAUGUUGCUAGUUCCAUGAUGUCAGAAAGUUUAGACAUGGAGGCUGCUUCAACACCGCGUUUCAAUGGACGACAGGUUGAUAUUGAGGGUCCAACUGAUUUGGAACUUAAUGUCACAAAACUUGCAGCUUUGAAGAUCAAUUCUUCCCCUGAUACAAGACCAAGCAUCCCUCAAAUCCUUCAUCUUAUUUCUAAUGGGACUGAUGAAUGCUCUACAACAACCAAGCGCACUGCCUUACAACAGUUGGUUGAUGCUUCUGUUGCCAAUGAUUCCUCCGUAUGGACAAAGUAUUUCAAUCAAAUUUUGAUGGUGAUACUUGAGGUUUUGGAGGACACCGAUCCAUCGAUUCGGGAGCUUGCUCUGUUGUUAAUAUCGGAAAUGUUGAAGAAUCAGAAAGAUGGCAUGGAAGAUUCUAUUGAGAUUGUAGCCGAAAAGUUACUACAUCUUACGAAAGAUACAAUCCCAAAAGUAUCAAAUGAAGCAGAACAUUGUUUAAGUGUUGUUUUUUCUCAGUAUGAUCCAUUCAGAUGUUUAAGUGUUAUCGUUCCAUUAUUGGUUACUGAAGAUGAGAAAACUCUUGUUGCGUGUAUAAACUGUUUGACAAAGCUUGUGGGUAGGCUUUCACAGGAGGAACUAAUGGGUCAAUUAGAUUCCUUUUUGCCUGCUCUUUUUGAUGCUUUUGGUAAUCAGAGUGCCGAUGUCCGCAAGACUGUUGUUUUCUGUUUGGUGGAUAUCUACAUAAUGCUUGGAAAAGGGUUUUUACCAUAUUUGGAAGGACUCAACAGUACACAGUUACGGUUAGUAACGAUAUAUGCAAACCGUAUAUCACAAGCCAGGACGGGAGCUCCUAUCCAGGACUAGCAAUGAUGAGAUGAGAUGAGAUGUUCAUUUUGGCUGUGAAUCAAUCUUUUGUAUAUUUGUAUGUCUUGUGUGAUGUGAUGUGUUGUGUUGUGUGCAUUCCGUUAAAGGUUUUAAGAGGGGGGUUUCUUUGUAUGUUAUUUGUUUUUUAUGGCUUCAUUUUUGCCCCUUUUUGUUUAUUAUUACAACACUUGAUUUGAUUGGAGUGGAAGAGUAGUGAAUUCGUUAAA